GAAGCCCAGAUUGCCACGGGGGGCAUCAUCGAUCCUGUGCACAGUCACCGCCUCCCCGUGGAAGUAGCGUACAAGCGGGGCUACUUUGAUGAGGAAAUGAACCGGAUCCUCUCUGAUCCCACAGACGACACCAAGGGCUUCUUUGACCCAAACACACACGAAAACCUCACUUACCUGCAGCUUCUGCAGCGGUGCCUGCCCGAUCCAGAGACUGGUUUGCUGCUGCUCCACGUCAUGGACAAGGGCUGGUCCUCCUCUUACCUCAACGAGAACACCAGGAAGGCUUUGCAGGCGGCCAAGACCAAGAUCGGCGUGGGGCUCUUCCAGGACCAAGAGGUUUCUGUGUGGGACCUCCUCUUCUCCAGAUACAUCCUUCCGUCCAAGAGGCAGGACUUGCUGAGGCAGCACAAAGCAGGCACCAUGACACUUGAGCGCCUCACCCAGGUCCUCAUCGCCAUCGUCACUGAGGCAGAGGAAAAGAUCGCCAGGCCCAUCGGUCACAGAGAAGCUCCCAGCCAAUCAGACACGACAGCAAAUGCUGCCACGGAUGAACCAAGCCUCAGAGAGCCCUGGAUGAAGACCCUCGAGGCCACGACCGUGGAUAUGCCUGCAGGCAACUGCCAAGGGCAGAGGGUCACUCUGCGGGACCUGCUCUUCUCAAACAACAUCCCUGAGGAAAAGAGGACAGAGUUACUGGACUUGUACAAAAGUGGGCUCCUGUCAACGGAGCGGCUCAGCAGCAUCCUCCACACACUGGUUGCCAAAACGGAAGCCACCGGCAGGAAGAUCAAUGUGAAGGUGAGGAGUCCAGAUCAACAGGCGGUGGCGGUGGCGGCGGCGGCGGCAGAACACCAGGCUCUGAGGGAUUCUUCCUUAGACCCGGCAAACUGGGAAAGCGCCCUGCGCUCUCAGCUCCUCCCAGCACCUUCCGCUGACCAACAGUCCUCCGCUUGGGACAUCCUGUUCUCCGAGCGCUUCGCAGAGCAUGAACGGGAAGAGCUUCUGGGCAGAUACAGGAGGGGCAGCCUCCCCCUUAAGGAGCUCACAAAGAUUCUCUCAGACCGCCUUCCCAGGACCACAAGCAGCAAACGUCAUCUUCCCAUGGACUUCCACGCACCCAGUUCAAGCACCGAGGCCAAAGAGGCCAAAGAAGAGGGGGGAAAUGAUGCUGGCGACCUGGGAGGCAAAGAGGAGGCUCUGAAGUCCCGGAUGGUGGAGGUCACCGCUGCGGCGUUUGACGGGCGUAAAGUGUCGGUGUGGGACGUGCUUCAUUCCAAGUAUAUCCCUGAGGAGAAAAGGAAGGAGCUUCUACAACUGUACCAAUCGGGCAUCCUCACCAUUGACCAGAUGGAGACCGUGGUCUCCGCCAUU